UCAAAAUUCAUCAUCAUGCUCAAUCACCUCGACGAUGGCAGAGAUUCACGCAUGCGAUCCGACCACCCUUCGACAUCGAUCACCACGCCCAGAGUCCACUCCAGCACAUUCGAGCGCGUCGAAACCCACAUCAAGCAGAUCUCUGCUGCUGCACUCUGCUCGACCAAGUUCGCAAGGCAUGGCGGGCGACCAUCCAGAAAAGGAUGUCUCUCAUCUCGGACAAAGAAUACGUGAUACACACGCUCAGGCUGGCCUACUUGCGGCGCAUAGAUGAUAGCGUUGGGCCCCGCGUCAUCACUUUCCCUGCCAUCAGACACGAUGUAGGCUCCUCUGGCCAUGCGAAUGGGCGGGAACACGCAUCAGCGCGCAUGGGUGACUUUGAUGAUGCUCUGGACGCGGAAGGGAAUGGUCAACUUGACGACUUUGAUCAUCAUCCCGACUCGCACGUCAUGAUAGCAGGCCUAUCUGACGCAAAUUUCAAUCCAGAGCUUCGCGCAGUCUGCUCCCCCAAGCCGCGGCCAGAGUCCUUGAUCAGGCCGGGAUUCAUGCCCGUUCCCCCUGCAGAGAUGGUCGAGACAGCCAGCAAGGGUCCGAGAGCUUCGCGCGUCGGAAACGGACUUCGCUACACGCAAACCAUCUACGGACCUGGAAGAACAGGGGCGCUCGGCAUGCGAGUCUCCGGAAAGCGCGCACCUUCUCUAGACAAUAGCACUUCGGCGCUAGCCUCGGAUCUGCGCGAGGAUAGGACAACACGGUCUCGUCGCCGCAGCUCAGUCCUCGAUCGUGGUGCAGAAGAUGAAGCCGAAGAGCCGCUCCGAGCUGCGCUUGCCCGGCGCUCGAGCCUGAAGCCUAAAACAGAUCAAAAGCCGCGCAGUCUCGAAGUGCCAGAGCUGGCUCUGCAAGCUGCUUCGGUGGAGAGCGGCAGAAGCGGUCUGUUACGCGGCGAGAUCUCCACUGAUCCCCCAGCUGCAUCCGAUCCGCGCCUCAGCAACCCAUGGCGGGACUCUCAAAGCAGCUCGGAGGAUCGCAGCUACAGCCACAGCUACAGCUCGGCAGGCGUACCUCUGCCAAAUGUGGGCGCCACAGGUCGCUCGGAUUCCGGCUUAAAUACAAGAAACUUAGAGCGCAGCACUAGUGUGAUCGACAGGCAGAGGCGAUAGAAAGCGAAGAUGAAGGACCAGAGUCAAGUGACGACCGCGCCAGCUUCAAUGAGGGACUGCGUCGUGCAGAGAGCGAUUCGACAGUCUUCUCACUUGCCUCCUUACCUUCGGCGCGCUCGAGACCGACUCUGGCGA